AUGGACGAGCUCUUUGAUGUCUUCGAGGCUCCGCCUCAGACAAAAAGGGAUUCUGAGGAUGUUCCUCCGCACCCAAAAAAACAGAAGAAAAAUAAGAAGCGCCAAAUAGAUGGGAACGUGAAAGGCAAUGACAAUGUUAAUGGUAAUGCGCCAGCAAAGGAUACCGAGGCCACUUCCGAAGAACCGACUGCAGCAGAUGCCAUCACAAAGACUCACUCAACCUCUCCCACGGAAAAUACUUUGCCUGAUGCAAAGCGACUUCGACUCGAUGAGGCUCCAGCUCCUGUUGUUGCCGAUUCUUUCGAGACCGAACAGGAGCAACAAGUUGCAGGGACCGGUGAUGCUGCUAAGCCGCUGAUAGUCUCCCAUCAAGUGCGCCACAAAGUUUCAAUUCCACAGGGUUACCCCUACGUUCCCAUUACCGAGCACAAGCCGCCUGCAGAUCCCGCGAAGGUAUACUCGUUUACCCUUGAUCCUUUCCAACAACUCGCCGUCCAUGCGAUCCAGAGGAGCGAGAGUGUUCUGGUAUCAGCCCACACUAGUGCUGGAAAAACAGUCGUGGCAGAGUAUGCUAUUGCGCAAAGUCUGAAGAACAACCAGAGAGUGAUCUACACGAGUCCCAUCAAAGCGCUAUCUAAUCAAAAGUACCGUGAAUUUGCGGCCGAAUUUGGCGAUGUUGGUCUGAUGACCGGUGACGUUACCAUCAAUCCUACUGCUACUUGCCUUGUCAUGACUACUGAGAUUCUCCGAUCAAUGCUUUACCGUGGCUCAGAGAUUAUGCGUGAAGUUGGAUGGGUCGUCUUCGAUGAAAUUCACUACAUGCGGGAUGCGAACCGGGGCGUUGUCUGGGAAGAAACCCUUAUUCUGUUGCCUGACAAGCAGUUUGCCGACUGGAUCGUCAAAAUGCACAAUCAACCAUGCCACGUCGUCUACACCAACUACCGUCCGACACCGUUGCAACACUACUUCUUUCCAAUGGGUGCUGAGGGUAUGCAUUUGGUUGUGGAUGAGAAAGGUGUAUUCCGGGAGGAAAACUUUCAAAAAGCCAUGAGCAGCAUUGCUGACAAGAAAGGUGAUGAUCCCGCCGAUGCUCUAGCUAAGAGAAAGGGUAAGGGCAAGGAUAAGAAAUUAGACAAGGGGGGACUUGUCAAAAUGAUCAUGCUGAAGAGCUACAAUCCCGUCAUUGUCUUCAGCUUCAGUAAACGAGAGUGUGAGGCGGGUGCUCUCCAGAUGAAGAAACUCUCCUUCAACGAUGAUUCGGAAAAAGAGAUGGUUUCGAAGGUGUUUGACAGUGCCAUGGAAAUGCUGUCUCCAGAGGACCGAAACCUUCAACAGGUUGUCAACCUCCUGCCCCUUCUUCGACGAGGUAUCGGUGUCCACCACUCUGGCCUCCUGCCUAUCCUUAAGGAGACCAUUGAAAUUCUCUUUCAAGAAGGACUUAUCAAAGUUCUGUUUGCGACGGAGACGUUCUCAAUCGGCCUCAACAUGCCUGCAAAAACAGUCAUCUUCACCAGUGUUCGGAAGUUCGAUGGCAUAACCCAACGUUGGGUCACGCCCUCAGAAUUCAUCCAAAUGUCUGGUCGUGCAGGGCGUCGAGGCCUUGACGAGCGGGGUAUUGUCAUCAUGAUGGUUGGUGAAGAGAUGGACCCGGCUGUUGCCAAGGAAAUUGUUCGUGGUGAACAGGACCGACUCAAUUCUGCCUUCCACCUUAGCUACAACAUGAUCCUCAACUUGAUGCGUGUGGAAGAAAUCUCACCUGAGUUCAUGCUCCGCCAAUGCUUCAAGCAAUUCCAAAACGCUAGUGACGUUGGGACUUUAGAAGUCGAACUGAAGGAACUCGAGGACCAAAAAGCCAACAUGAGUAUUGAAGACGAAGGCACCAUCCGCGAAUACUAUGAUCUGCGGAAGCAGCUCGACGGCUUUGCGGAUGAUAUGCGUGCUGUCAUCACUCAUCCUAACUAUUCUCUGCCCUUCCUUAACCCUGGUCGGUUGGUCCAUGUGAAGUGGCAAGGCGCAGACUUUGGUUGGGGCGCUAUUGUUGACUACAAGACCCGACACCCACCAAAGGGGUCGAGGGAGGAAUUACCACCGCACCAAAAGUACUUUGUGGAGAUUGCCUUGCAGAUCGCUGAUGAGGGAGGCAAAGUUCGUGUAGACGUUGUCCCCGCCAUGCUCUCUUGUAUUCACGAAAUAUCCAACAUCCGACUCCGCUUGCCGAAAGAUCUAAGCCAGUCGAGCGGACGCGCCGCUCUUAAGAAGGCGCUUGACGAAACGAUGAAACGAUUCCCUGAUGGCGUGUCUCUUGUUGACCCGAUUGAAGACAUGCGCAUCAAGGAUGACAGCUUCAAGAAGCUUCUUCGCAAAAUUGAGGUCAUUGAUUCACGCCUCCUAGGCAACCCAUUACACAAUUCGCCACGCUUGCCUGAGUUGUGGGAUCAGUAUGCAGCUAAGGUGAAACUCGGCGAUCAAAUCAAGGAGAAGAAGCAGAAGAUCGAGGAAGCGAUGUCUAUUAUUCAGCUGGACGAAUUGAAGUGCCGCAAGCGUGUGCUCCGGCGCUACAACUUCAUCGAUGACAAUGAUGUUGUUCUACUCAAGGCACGUGUUGCCUGUGAAAUCAGCACAGGCGACGAAUUAAUGCUAAGUGAGCUGCUGUUCGACGGUUUCUUCAAUGAACUUACCCCAGAGCAAGUGGCGUCUGUCAUCAGCUGCUUUGUAUUUGAAGAGAAAGUCAAGGAUGCCCAGCCUCUUGCCAAGGAUGAAUUGGCCAAGCCGCUGAGAGAAAUCCAGAAACUUGCUCGUCAGGUUGCCAAGGUCUCGCAGGAAUCUAAGAUUGCUCUGAACGAAGAGGAGUACGUCAAGAGCUUCCAUUGGGAGCUCAUGGAAGUCGUCUAUGACUGGGCCCAUGGAAAGUCCUUUGGCGACAUCUGCAAAAUGACCGAUGUCUACGAAGGUAACUUGAUCCGUGUCUUCCGUCGUCUAGAAGAAUGUCUACGACAAAUGGCUCAGGCCUCCAAGGUCAUGGGCAGUGAGGACCUGGAGCGCAAAUUUGAGGAGGCUCUUCAAAAGAUUCGUCGCGACAUUGUGGCCGCUCAAUCUCUGUAUCUGUAA